AUGGCGGCGGCGGCGGGGCCGUGGCCGGAGCUGGAGGCGGCGGCGCGGGAGCGGCGGCGGGAGCUGUCGCUGUCGGGCGCGGCGGUGGCGGAGCGGGUGGCGGCGGGCGGCGGGCGGCUGCCGGAGGCGCUGCUGGCGCUGCCGCUGCUGCAGUCGCUGGAGCUGAGCGGCUGCGCGGCGCUGCGGGAGCUCGGCCCGGGCGUGGCGGCCGCGCUGCCCGCGCUGCACACGCUGGUGCUGAGCCGCAACGCGCUGGGCCCGGCCGGGCUGGGCGAGGGGCUGGGCGGGCCCCUGCCCGCGCUCCGCCUGCUCGACCUGUCCGGGAACGGGCUGGAGGCGCUGCCCGCCGCGCUCGGAGGGACUGGCGGCGGCGCGGGGGACGCGGCCCCGGCCUUCCCGCAGCUGCGCAGCCUCAACCUGAGCGCGAACCGGCUGCGGGAGCUGGGCCCGGGGCUGGCCCGCGCGGCCCCGCAGCUGCAGGAGCUGCUGCUGUCCGGGAACCGGCUGCGAGCGCUGCCCGGAGGGCUCCUGGCCCCCGACGGGCCGCCCGCGCCCUUCCCGCUGCUCAGCCGGCUGGACGCGGCCGACAACGAGGUGGCCGAGCUGGGUGCGGACAUCGCGGCGCUGCCGGCGCUCAAGAGCCUGGACGUGGCCAACAACCAGCUGCGGGAGCUGCCUUCCGCGCUGGCCGACUGCCCCCGCCUGAAGGAGGCCAACUUCAAGGGCAACCAGCUGAGGGACAAGCGGCUGGAGAAGAUGGUCAAUGGGUGCCAGACCAAGGCCAUUCUGGAGUACCUACGGGCCGGGGGACGUGGGAAGGGGAAGGCUGAGGCUGGCAGAGAGGACGUCAGGAAGAAGAAGAGGGAGAAGCAGCAGAAGAAGGAUGGCGGGGAUGGGGAGCAGGAUGAGGUGGAAGAGGCAAGCAAGCUGCUGGUGAAGGUUCUGCACGUCUCUGAGAACCCAGCGCCUUUGGUGGUCAAAGUGAGCCCGGGCGUCAAGGAUGUGCGAGCCUUCAUCGUGUGCUGUGUGCUGAAAGGAGUGAACUUAAAGCCGGGCAAUGCUCUCAAGAGGUUCCUGACCAUGCAGACCAAGCUGCACGAGGAUAUCUGUGAGAAGCGCACAGUGGCCACCAUUGCCACUCACGACUUGCAGCUGGUCAAAGCUCCUCUGACAUAUGAUGUUCAGCCUCCUGAUGAGCUCAAGAUCACGCCCCUGGGUCGGAAGGAGAUCAAGGCCAAGGAUCUUCUCCGGCAGCUGCAGCUGGAGGCUGAGGAGCAGCGGAAGCAGAAGAAGCGUCAGAACGUCUCUGGGCUGCACAAGUACCUGCAGCUGCUGGAUGGCAAAGACAACUACCCGUGCCUGGUGGAUGCUGAAGGUGCUGUGAUUUCCUUCCCACCAAUAACCAACAGUGAGAAAACAAAGAUUAGAAAAGAGACCCGGGACCUGUUUCUGGAAGUGACGAGUGAUACCAGUUUACAGAUCUGCAAAGAUGUCAUGGACACCCUUAUCCUGAAAAUUGCAGAGCUGAACAGAUCUGCCUCGGAGAACAAGGAAGGCUCUGGCUCAGAUAUGGAAUCAGAUGCUCUCUGUGGAGCAGGGAAUUUGAACCUGCCUUUGGUGGUGGAGCAGGUGCGAGUGGUGGACAUGGAUGGGAACUUGAAAGUACUUUAUCCUUCCAAAACUGACCUGGCCACAGUGGCCUCUCUGCUGACUGUGAUCCGUUAGCAGCUGCCUGAGCUGAGAGAGGAUUCCAUUGCCUUUAUUUGGGUUUUUUUACAUAUAUU